AUGAUUGAGAGGAGUAGGCGGGUCGUCCCUGGCACGCAGCUGUGCCACCGCGCGCUCUACGCGACCAUCGUGGGGGAUCAGCCGCAGGACUGCCUUCCAGGCACAUCCGUCAAGAUGAGCAGUGAGGGGCCGAUUCUCGUUGACCACGUCAUGCGUGCUGCACGACGGUACGUUGCCGGCAACGCGCCCCCCGCGCCGGAGAGUGGCCCGCCGAGCGCCAUGGCUACGGAGCUGCUGCGCGCCGUGGAGGAGUUGCGCCAGCAGAACCAGCAGUACCAGCAGGAGCUGGAGGCACGCACGCAGCAGCUGGAGGCGCGGAAGCAGGAGGUGCAGGCGCUUCAGAACAAGCUGCGUGUGGUGCACAUGGAGGCUAGGAGGCGCGGUUACAACUUCCACGAAAUAGCUGAUCGUGGAUCCUCCCGAGGCUCGGAGAAUAGAAAGACGCAUGAGACGGAGCGACCCUACAGCAGGCGCGACUUCACCCCGCCGCGUGGAACGAGAGGUGGCGGCGGUGCAGGAGGGAGUGGGGAGUACUCGCGUCCGCCGCUUCCACCGCUGCGUGUGGACAGCGCACUAGUCCCAAGUCUCCCGCCGCCACUGCCGUCGCUGCCGCCCCAGCUGCAGCCUUCGUGUCCGCCGCCUCUCUGCGGGCAGGAAGCGCAGCUGGCGGCCAACGACGGCGUGGCGGCUGCCGUCGCCAAGCCCCCGCUCCCGCAGCUGUUGGCAGUGUCUCAGAGCAGAGGCGUGGCUGGGGAUGCCUUGGGCGGCGGCGGCGGCGGCGUGGUGGCUGCCGUCGCCAAACCCCCGCUCCCGCAGCUGUUGCUGGAGGAGAGUGUGCGGGAAAAUGGCGAAGCGGCCGAGGCGGAGCUUGAGGAU